CUCAUCCUGCCCGCCGCGGCGAAUUCCACCUGCGGUGCUUUAACUUGGUGCAACAGAGGCUCUGCCCCUGAGAGAGGCGGGGAAGGACGGGUUAACUGGAGAGAGGGGCGCGGGUUGGGAUCUGAGUGCUAAUUGUCCCCUGCCCGCCGUGAGGUGGUGAGGAGCGAGGGAGGGUGGACUUCCCCUCAGAGAUUCUUGUGGAAGGGGGGAAAUAUGCUUUGAGUCAAUAAAAUUGUGCAAGUGCACAGUCGAGAAGAGCGGCUAGGAAAACCAAGGGAGUAUCUUAGAGAUGACUUUUGAACUGAGGAAACGUUUGGCUGAAGAAAAGGGCUUCAAUUUGAUACCCAGAGCCAUGGCUAUCUCCUCUUCCUCCUGGGAACUGCCCCUGGUGGCUGUGUGCCAGGUAACAUCGACACCAGACAAGCAGCAGAACUUUAAAACAUGUGCUGAGCUGGUUCGGGAGGCUGCCAGACUGGGCGCUUGCCUGGCUUUCCUGCCUGAGGCAUUUGACUUCAUUGCACGGGACCCUGAAGAGACGCUACGCCUGUCUGAGCCACUGAGUGGGAACCUUUUGGGAGAAUAUACCCAGCUUGCCAGGGAAUGUGGACUCUGGCUGUCCUUGGGUGGUUUCCAUGAGCGUGGCCAAGACUGGAAGCAGACUCAGAAAAUCUACAAUUGUCAUGUGAUUCUGAACAACAAGGGGUCAGUAGUGGCCACUUAUAGGAAGACACAUCUGUGUGAUGUAGAGAUUCCAGGACAGGGACCUAUGCGUGAAAGCAACUCUACCAUACCUGGGCCCAGUCUUGAGUCUCCUGUCAGCACACCAGCAGGCAAGAUUGGUCUGGCUAUCUGCUAUGACAUGCGGUUCCCUGAACUCUCUCUGGCAUUGGUUCAGGCUGGAGCAGAAAUACUUACCUACCCUUCAGCUUUUGGAUCUGUUACAGGCCCAGCCCACUGGGAGGUGUUGCUGCGGGCCCGUGCCAUUGAAACCCAGUGCUAUGUAGUGGCGGCAGCACAGUGUGGACGCCAUCAUGAAAAGAGAGCAAGUUAUGGCCACAGCAUGGUGGUAGAUCCCUGGGGAACUGUGGUGGCCCGCUGUUCUGAAGGACCAGGCCUCUGCCUUGCCCGAAUUGACCUCAGUUACUUGCGACAGUUGCGCCAAAACCUGCCUGUGUUCCAGCACCGCAGGCCUGACCUCUACAGCAGUCUGGGUCACCCAUUGUCUUAAGACUUUUGGCUUCUGUCAGUUGAGACCCCCAUUGUGAGCUGGUGUUGCUGUGACUUGUAGGCAGGACCCAGGCGCAGCUCCCCUCACUUGGAGAACCUUCUCUCUCUUGACGGAACACAGGCUCAGCUUCUUGGGAAAGAAAAAACUUUCACCUGAGCUCAGAUUUCAGUUUCAGAAAGGUGGAAUUUUAUAGUCACUGUUUAUUUCAUGAAAACUGAAGUAAUGCUGAGGGCUGAGCAGCACUGGCAUUGAAAAAAAAUAUAAUAAUCAUAAAGUCUGUGUCUGGACAUCACUUUGAGGAGCUGAAAAGGAAGGUGGUAUUGUAUCAGCUGGACUAGGCUCCAGUUCUGUGCGUCCUGGCUCAUUCAACAUGCCUCCCUACCCAAAUAAAAGUGCAACACUCA